ACCUACAUCGGUGUUUAACAAUCCAUAUGUUGAACUUGAGCAUGUAAGGGGAAUCGAUGUGUCUCCCAGGUGACCCUAAGUAUGCCUCUUCCCCGAGUGAUAUUCUCCUCAAUUCUGAUUGCCCAGUGCCAUAAUGGUGUCGUACGGGACUUAUAUCUCAUCAAGGGCUCGGUGUACAAACUGAGCAGGAACCACAGCAGCCAGACUCAUUGUAUAUUGAUAACUUAUAGAGCCCUUCAUAAGAGGGAAUGCUCGCAGGCAUUCCAGAAGCCCCUCGACUUCCUGAGAAGACACAGGACAGCUGAAACUGCUGGACUGGGCCUCAGACACCUCACGGUGACCACGGGACUUGAUCGCAUUGCCAUCGUCGAUGAUGGUCAUGUUAUGGAAUUUAUGGAGCCCAGAUAUCUAGCAUGUAAAGUGACAUUUGUGCGGGAACCAAUCCCCGGUUUAUGAUUCGACUUUCCGGGGCAGAUCCGACAUCAGCAGGCUGUUGCGACC